ACCUCCAACCAACAAUAUCCCUUUGUUCAACAUCAGCAGCCCACCACCUCUAAUUUUGUCUCUCAGUACAUUGUUGUGUUGCAUAACACAAAAACAAAAUCUCUAAUUCUCUCUGUUCUAAGUGCAUUGUUGUGCAUAACAUAACACAAAAACAAAAUGGGAAGCAGCAGAGGGCCAUCACCAUUAGUUCCAUUAGUAAUGGUGGGAGUCUUUGCUCUGCUCAUCUUUGGACCUCUCUUGCAAUCUGUAGUUGAAGCUUUCUCAUCUCUGUAUCAAGAAGUGAUGGACUAUGAAGGUGGUGUCACCUUCAUGAUUCUGCUUUUUAUGAUCUUAUUGUUGAUGGUAAUGUACUUACUCUCUCUCUUCUUUCCCACACUUGACAUCUUUUAUACCGGAAACCGACAAAGCGAUGAAGAUGAAGGGUUUGGAUUGGGAUCUUUUCUUCUAGCUCUGCUCUUCUUUGCUCUGUAUGUUGUCAUGGUGAAUCGAGAGGAAGAUUGAGGUGGAGGCCAGCCCCAAUAUUAUGGCAACCAUUUAUUACCAAGAAGACACUUCAUCAACUAAGUUGGCAUCUUAAAUUACAGUUACCUUCGGUUUUUCAUUCUUACUCAAAAGUUUGCCUGCUUUCAUUUUCACCAAUAUUCUCACAUUUCAGAAUUUCAAAAAUAGAGGAGGAAAAAAGCAACCACUUUCUUCUAGAUUUUAAUGGAACCAGGUUUGUUUUAAAUUGUUUCUGACAAUGGGAAUCCCAGUAUGCUGCUUGCAGUUAUUGCCA